GCUGCACGACAAAAAUAACGCGCAGAUAAAGGCGCCGGCGGAGCAGCAGCGGGCAAUAUUUACGGAAGAACUCGACGCAACAUCGCGCUAACCUCAGCAAGUCAGGUUCAACGGGGGUAUUCGACUUCCAUUCCCCGCAAGUGCCAGCAAGCGGCAACGUAGCGUCCACGAUGGCCGUAGACGUGAGGUGUCCCAGAGGACCCUUGUACCGAGACAUCGACGGUUUCAGGUUGAACGCCUACGUGUCCUUCGACCUCUACCGUUCAGCGUUGAAGUACGAGCCCCGAGCGGACGACGUCUUCAUCGUCACGUUUCCCAAGAGUGGGACGCUGUGGAUGCAACAGAUCGGCUACCUCAUUUUUCACGACGGAUCGCCCGCACCCGACGCGUUGGAAUUCUACAAGACCACGCCCUUCUUAGAGAUGUUCGGUGCCGAAGACGUGGCGAAGAUGAAGCGACCGGGGCUCAUCAAGACACACUUGCCCUACAACCUAAUACCCAAGAGUCCCUCCGCAAAAUACGUGUACGUGUGCAGAAACCCGAAGGACGUCUGCGUGUCCUUCUUUUACCACACCAAAGGUUUCGCGGCGUACGACUUCGCCGAUGGCAAGUUCGAAGACUACUUCGACGUCUUCAUGCAGGGCGCUAACGAUUUCGGCGACUACUUUGACCAAGUGCUCUCCUGGUAUGCCCAUCGCAACGACCCGAACGUGUUGUUUAUGCACUACGAAGACAUAAAGGCCGACCCGAGGAAUCACGUGCUAAAGCUCGCCGCUUUCCUGGGCGAAGAGUACCGCAGGAAACUAGUGGAACAACCGGGGGCACUGGAACGAGUCAUCGAGCACAGUGGAAUUGACUUCAUGAGAUCCAAGACGGGCGCCGACAUAAAGGCGUUCCUUACGAGGCCGCUGGACAACGUCAAGGACUUGUGCCCUGGUCUGAAGCACUUUCACGAUUCCUCCAUGAAAUAUCCCAGAACAGUUGGGUUUAUCCGCAAGGGCGUAGUUGGAGAUUGGAAGGACCAUUUUACGCCGGAGAUGAACGCGGUAAUCGAAGCGAAAAUUUAUCAGAGGCUCGGCGACACGGAUCUCAUUGAUGUCUGGAAGAGACACGGUAUCUUAUGAGCGACGGAGGUCGGAGCGUACUGUGCAAUUUCGCAAGCCAGGGUUGCCCCUGUAUACGCACACCAGAUGGCUCUCGAAGCGGUUUACCUAAGUUUCGUUACGCAGUGGGACUUUCUGUUUGAUAGCUGAUGGGAACUCUGAGUAAAGACUGCGACAUCUUGAAAACGCGCUAUAUCUGUGUUUGUUGUUACGUUGUGUUCACCAGUUAAAAAAAAGUAACAUAUAAAGUAAGCAUAAAACGUGCAUCUAGUCUACAGUGUUU